AUGCUGCUGUCCUUCCUUGCUUUUGCACCCUCUAUCGCUGCGGCCAAACUCCCCGCCGCUAUCGAUCCCUGGUACCCUGUACCAGAACCGAAACAACCAGACACUCAUGACUUUACACUAAGACACAUCUUCCAUCGAGGCACCUAUCGAGAUCCCGACUUGCACAAACGCUACGAUUUCCGCCCGCAGGCGCCCGUCCUCCUUACCCAAGAGGACGACCAUGUCCUGUCAUCUUCCCUCCAACCGCCGCCACACUUUACUCUCCGUUCCGACUCUGUUGAGAUUGAACGACUCGUCGACAGGGAACCGCUGAGCAUAGAAAGAUAUCUCCAGCAUGCACGUCUCACUGGCAGUCCGGCUGUCCUUGACGCCUCACAGUGGACACUGGACGAGGUCGAGGGUCCCAAUAUCGUACACAAACCCACCAUCCUCAACCUAGCAAUUAUGGCAGCCAAUGCAUAUAAUCCAGGCCCUGGUGAGGGAGACUGGGAAGAUGUCAGCCAAGGCUAUAAUCGGUCCACGCCAUUUGGAUGGGAAGGAGACGGUCUGAGAGGCCAUAUAUUUGCCAACGAAGGCAAUGAAACUGUCAUCAUUAGCCUAAAGGGGACUUCUCCUGCAGUCUUUGACGGAGAUGGAACUACUACGAAGGACAAACUCAACGACAAUCUGUUCUUCUCUUGCUGUUGUGCUCAAGGUGGCUCGUACUUCUGGCAUCAAGUCUGUGACUGUCAGACCGGCACAUAUACUUGCAAUCGGACAUGCGUGGUCCAGGCCUUGCGACAAGAGAACCGAUAUUAUCGAGCCGCGAUCGACUUGUACACCAAUGUGACGGAAUUAUACCCAGAUUCCAACGUCUGGCUUGCUGGUCACUCCCUUGGCGGCGCGGUAACCAGCCUACUCGGUCUCACAUUCGGCCUGCCCACAGUAACAUUCGAAGCCCCUGGCGACGACCUAGCGGCAAAACGCCUGGGUCUUCCCACCCCUCCGUCAUCAGACCCCCAUAGACCUCGUACAAAAUAUACAGGAGCAUAUCACUUCGGAAACACCGCCGAUCCGGUAUUUAUGGGCACCUGCAAUGGCGCCACGGCGACGUGCACUUUGGGCGGAUACGCCAUGGAAUCUCAAUGCCAUACCGGGAAACAAUGCAUUUACGAUACUGUGAGUGACUAUGGCUGGCGUGUCGGGAUAGGCAAUCAUAAGAUCCACAACGUCAUCGACAACGUGAUCAAGAUCUACCAGACUGUCCCUAUUUGCGAAGCGGACGAUGAAUGUGUGGAUUGCUUCAAUUGGAAAUUCUUCGAGAGUAAUGGAUCGGACUCGACCACGACUACUAGCACAAGCAGCACAAGCUCAGCAACGUACACGAGGACGAGUGCAUGCAAAACUCCUGGCUGGUGGGGAUGUCUAGAUGAGACUUCGACAACGGCCACGACUUCGACGGUACCGGUGGUAACCACAACCUACACCACGACAAGCUGUGUCACGCCAGGCUGGUUCGGAUGCAGUGAGAAAGUCAAUGUAACUGUAACAACUACCGCACUUGCGCCGACGACAACUUCAUCAACAACGUCUGUUCCUGUUUCCAUCACCCAUGAUCCAUCAUCUUCCACCUGUGAGCAUCCAGGGUGGUGGGGAUGUCGUGAUCCCACCUCCACUACAUAUAAGCCAUCUCCGUCCUCGAUGUUAUCGACUCCAAGUGCUACACGGACGGCCGAACCGCAUAAGAAGCACACUUGCAAGACACCUGGUUAUUUCUGGGGCUGCUACGAUCGGCCGAAGUCCCACCAUCGUCAUGCUACAAGCAGUGCCGUUGAUGUCUCGACAACAGGACAAGACACGAUCACGAGAGCGCCAACGCUCAGCACGAGUGCCACCGGUGCUGCGCCGACGCAGACCACUACCGGUGACGGUGGAAGGAAGGGAAAGAGAUGCAGAAGGGAGGUAUUCUUUGGCUUGAUCUGUUUGGAGGGAUAUGAGGACGAAUAUGUGCCUGAACUAUAA